CAAAGUUGCUUGUCUUCUAUCCCAUAUACAACAGAUAUCAUGUUAAUACCAUUGAUAUUUGUGUUAUCAGGUUUCAACUCUGAUUAGGCAGGGAACUAGCUCAUUUGCUGAGCUUUUGAAGCCCAUGCUGGUGGAUUAUCAUUUAACUUUGGAACCAGAUGCUGAUGGAUGUGGAGAAAACCACAUCAAAUACUUUCUUCAAACACCUUCCCAUGUGUUCACCAGUGUUCUAGAGUGGACAACUAUAUGGGUUGCUAGAGAAGAUAUCAGGGAAACUUUAGCAGCUCUUGCAACUGAAAUAGAUAUUGGCAUUCUUUAUCAAGGUUUAGGAAAAGGAAAAAAAUACCGCCUGGUUUCAGUGGUUUGCUAUUGUGGGCUACUCUACUCGUGCUUCAUUUACAGCGAUGAGUGCAAAAGGUGGAUGAUGUACGAUGACACACAUGUGGAGGUCAUUGGGAGUUGGGAUUGUCUCUGUAAAAAGUGUGUAGAAAAGCAUUUCCAGCCACGAAUUCUUUUCUUUGUAGAGAGUGCACCAACUGAGAUAGAUCAAAAUAUGCCUCCGAAAUCAUUCUUUGAAGAGGAAGAAUCUGGGAAAUCACAGAGUGGUUCCAAGGUCAACUAUGAGGAUAGCUCUGGUAUAUUUGGUGCUGGACUAAAAAAUGAUGUUGGUGAAAAUAGUUGCUUUUUAAACGCGAUCAUACAGUGCUUAUGGAAUGUACAGCUGGUUCGGAAUGAGUUGCGCAGCAUAACAGAUUCAGGACAUGAGCAUGUUGGAGAUCCCUGCAUUGUUUGUGGAUUAGCUGAGGUAUUUGGUGAACUAAGUGAGGCAUCUACUCGUACUAGAAGAGAGAUUGUUUCUACAACCUCCUUAAGACUUGCCAUCAGCAAAUACUCCCCUCAUAGGAAUAGCUUUCUGGAGGGACAAAUGAACGAUGCGGAUGAGGUUCUGCAAAAUAUUCUUGUUAUUCUUCAUCAGUCCUUUACCAGUUGCCCAGCCCCAGAUGCCUCAUCUGAAUCAGAGAAAAGCAAGCGGGUAGAAUGUCAGCAGUGGACAAGCAAUAAAUGUUUAGCUCAUAGACUCUUUGGUAUGGACAUUUAUGGGUAUUGUGACAGCUGUGGUCUGGAGUGGAGGCAUCAAACGUUUUCUGAUUUUUCUCACUAUAUACGUUCAAGUCAGCUUAGAGAAAAAAAGGCAAACAAAAAUCAAGCUAGCUCCUUUGAUGAACUUAUGAAGCUGAUGUUAAUGGAUGAUUGCUCAACUUGCAAUCGAGAUGCUGGAGGCUGUGGAAAGCCUAACCGUAUCCAAUUCAUUCUUCGAACACCUCCCCUUGUCUUCAUUUGUGUUCUUGUGCAGACUGCACAUGAGAGUAGAGAGGAUACAAGGAAAACUUUAACAGCUCUGGGUACUGAGUUAGAUAUUGGUGUUGUAUAUCAAGGUUUAGGACCGGGGAAAAAGUACUGCCUGGUUUCAUUGGUCUGCUAUCAUCACCAACACUAUGUUUGCUUUAGUUACAGUCAUGAGCAUAAGAGAUGGACCAUGUUUAACGAUGCUAAUGUUGAGGUCGUUGGGUGUUGGGAUGAUCUCCUAAGCAAGUGUUCACAUGAGCAGUUUCAACCGCAGAUUCUUUUCUUUGAAGCUGUACAAUAGAGUAACUUUGAGGAAACUUGGUCUCCCCCAUUGUAGCACUGCUUAUCUUGGAAUAGUUCGUUUUCGUGCUGUUACAACAGAUGUUGGGAAAACAGGCAUAUAUUGACAUGGAAGAACUCUAGAUUGAGUUUCCUGACUGACCCUUCAUCAUUUCAUGUCCUUGUUGAGGAUUUUUCUAAGAAUGCCAGAUUUGUAAUGGAAGUUCUACCUUUGGCAAUGAAAUGAUAAUGAUGAACACAGGUUUAAUAA